AUGCAUUCUAAUCUUGGAGCUCUUAUUCUCUAUCUCCUUUCGGGAUCUACUAUAGCAUCAGCGAUCCCUGCACAGACACAAUCCCACGAUGUUACCCUUGUAGCUCGUGCUACUGCGACAGAAACAGCUGCGCCAGAGGGAUGGUUCACCACUACGAAAAACAUCGCUACUAUUGGGGGUACAACAGAUAAAUAUGUUACCAUUCCUGCCAAAACAAUCUCAAUUGUUGUCCCAACAUGUGUCCAAACUCUUGAGCCUGAUGAGAACGGAUAUCUUCCCCCAGGAACAUGUAACGCCCACUGGAACUACUAUCCCAGCUUUGCAGCUGCUGUGGUAUUCGCUUUGCUCUUCGCGGCAUUGACUGGUGUGCAUAUAUGGCAAGCCGCUCGGUACAAAAAGUUCCGGGUUAAUGCGUACGCAUACAUGACUCUCGGCCGAAUGGUCUACUACUUCAUACCAUCUCAGUCCCUGCUCCGCAUGCCGGCUGCUACUCUCGCUGCCAUUUUCGUCGGUCUCGAUAUCCUCUCAUUCAUCGUCCAACUCAUUGGCGGCAGUAUGUCUGGACCUGGUUCACCACCUGACGAGCAGAUGAAAGCCAUCCAUAUCUACAUGGGCGGCAUUGGUCUCCAAGAAUUUUUCAUCGUCAUCUUUGUCGUCCUCUGCUUCCUCUUCCAGAAGAAGAUGCACACGAUUGAGCACCAGCACCAGGGCAUCAAAGCCUUUGUUACCUCAGACUGGGGCAUGCUUCUCUGCACGCUAUACUUCUCACUAGCCAUGAUCUCUGUGCGCAUUAUCUACCGACUCAUUGAGUUCUCUGGCGGAAUGGGCCAAGACAAUGCUCUCGUCACCCACGAGGUGUACUUUUACAUUCUUGAAGCAGCACCUAUGUUUUUGGCGCUGUUGGCGUUCAAUGCCAUUCAUCCGGGAAGGAUCAUGACUGGUCCCAAAUCUGAUAUACCUGGGCUGUUCUCGUUUAUCAAGAACAAGAUUCGGGGGCGAAAAGGAAAGCAGUUGCUGGACGAUCGAAGCGACAGUGAUGUUGAGUUGAAUACCCGGUAUGAGCCGACUAGAGGGGUUGGGCACUAUGAUACUGAGCCCCCGCGUUAUGGAUAA